UCCGUCCGAAUUAGGGCUUCGGCUAUAAAUUCGAUCGAAAUGGCUGUCUGUCUGCGCUUCGGCUCUUUGGGAUUUACCUCAUCGUGUUGAUCGCCGGAGCAAGGCCGCAUCUUAACUACCUGCACCGGCAAGAUGACGAAGCGCACCAAGAAGGCUGGAAUUGUUGGCAAAUACGGUACCAGAUAUGGUGCAAGUUUGCGAAAGCAAAUCAAGAAAAUGGAGGUUUCUCAGCAUGCCAAGUAUUUCUGCGAAUUCUGUGGGAAGUUUGCUGUGAAAAGAAAGGCAGUUGGAAUCUGGGGCUGCAAGGAUUGUGGCAAGGUCAAGGCUGGUGGUGCUUAUACAUUGAACACUGCUAGCGCCGUGACCGUGAGGAGCACUAUUCGUCGGUUGAGAGAACAAACUGAAAGCUAAAGGAAGUGAAGAAUUGUGCAACUAUGCAAUUUAAGUUUCAGCUCGGACUAGUUAUGAAUUUUCCUAUUUUUGCAGGCAGAAGUUUUUCGAGGCGUUGUAAGCUAAACUCAAAUGUUUUUUCCCUGAUGCUUUUUAGGCUUUAAGUCAGACUUUUCGGUUCUCCAGUUUGUUCUUUGUUGGUUUGCAGAUUGCAUUUUCAGUCUCUGGAAUUUACUAA